AUGAAAACAACCAAAAAAACAUAUAUCUUCCUCCCACAAACGUACAUGAUGCUUUUGAAAGCUUUCAUUAUCCUUUUGGCAGGUUUUGCAGCCAAUAUAUCGGCAAAAAUGACAAACGAAACAAGCGACAGACCUUUGGUCCACUUCACUCCUAACAAAGGUUGGAUGAAUGAUCCAAACGGGUUGUGGUUUGAUGGAAAAGAUGCCAAAUGGCACAUCUACUUCCAAUACAAUCCAAACGACACUGUAUGGGGUUUGCCUUUGUACUGGGGCCACGCUACUUCUGAAGAUUUGACUCACUGGCAAGACGAACCUGUCGCUAUCGCUCCUAAGCGUAACGACUCUGGUGCUUACUCUGGUUCCAUGGUGGUUGACUACAACAACACCAGUGGCUUUUUCAAUGAUACUAUCGACCCAAGACAAAGAUGUGUUGCCAUUUGGACUUACAACACACCUGAAAGUGAAGAACAAUACAUUAGUUACUCCCACGAUGGUGGUUACACCUUUACCGAAUACCAAGGCAACCCUGUUUUGGCUGACAACUCCACUCAAUUUAGAGAUCCAAAGGUUUUCUGGUACGAACCAUCUCAAAAAUGGAUCAUGACCGCUGCCAAAUCUCAAGACUACAAAAUUGAAAUUUACUCCUCUGACGACUUGAAAUCUUGGACUUUGGAAUCUGCCUUUGCCAAUGAAGGUUUCUUGGGUUACCAAUACGAAUGUCCAGGUUUGAUCCAGGUCCCAACUGAGCAAGAUCCUACUAAAUCUCACUGGGUGAUGUUUAUUUCCAUCAAUCCAGGCGCUCCAGCUGGCGGCUCUUUCAACCAAUACUUCGUUGGCUCCUUCAACGGUACCCACUUCGAAACUUUCGACAACCAAUCUAGAAUUGUCGAUUUCGGUAAGGACUACUACGCUAUGCAAACUUUUUUCAAUACCGACCCAACCUACGGCUCUGCUUUAGGUAUCGCAUGGGCUUCCAAUUGGGAAUACAGUGCUUUUGUCCCCACUAAUCCAUGGAGAUCAUCCAUGUCUUUAGUUCGUAAGUUUUCCUUGAACACCGAAUAUCAAGCUAACCCAGAAACUCAAUUGACCAAUUUGAAGGCGGAACCAAUAUUAAACAUUAGUAACGCAGGCCCAUGGUCUCGUUUCGCAACCAACACCACUUUAACUGAGGCUAACUCUUACAGUGUCGACUUGCAUAACUCUAGUGGCUCUUUGGAAUUUGAAUUGAUUUUCGCCAUCAACACCACCCAAACCGUCUCUAAGGCUGUCUUUUCUGACUUAUCUCUUUGGUUUAAGGGUUUGGAAGACUCUGAAGAAUACUUGAGAAUGGGUUUUGAAGCAAGUGCCGCUUCUUUCUUUUUGGACCGUGGUAACUCAAAGGUCAAGUUCGUCAAGGAGAAUCCAUACUUUACUAACAGAAUGUCUGUGAACAAUCAACCAUUCAAGGUUGAAAAAGACUUGAGCUACUACAAGGUCUACGGUUUACUGGACCAAAAUAUCUUGGAGUUAUACUUCAACGAUGGAGACGUGGUUUCUACAAACACCUACUUCAUGACCACUGGUAAUGCUUUGGGCUCUGUGAACAUGACCACUGGUGUCGAUGACUUGUUUCACAUUGAAAAGUUUCAAGUGAGAGAGGUCAAAUAG